AUGCCUUUGCUAAAAAAAACGCCAUUUCCUUUGGUGGAGCCACCUGAAGAUUUGGAGCCGAAACACCUUGUAUACCAAGUUCGGUACACCAAAGAAAUCUUCCAUGAUUAUCAAGAGUAUGUGAACAGGAUAAAUUUGUAUCGUCAAAGAAUUUGGACUUGUAAAAUUAGCGGCAAGGCUAACUUGACAUAUGAAGAGGCCCUAGUUUCUGAAAGGCUCGCCACAGAGAAAGUUCAAGGGAUUCCUAAAGAACUUAUGGAGCCUGCUUUGCACAUCAUACAGUUCAGUAUGCUUCCACUGAAAGAUCUCGCAGACACAAUAAGUGCAAAAUUGCAGGAACAUAAGUAUGUUGGGGAUGAAUUGCAUGCUAGGAGGGGUGAUAUUUUCUUUCCAUGCAAGAUACUGAAGGUUGUGGAAGACAGUAAUGGCAAGACUAGUUAUGAGAUAAGAUGGCUUGAGAGGAAUAAGAAGGUGUCGGAGACUUCAGUUGUUAAUGGGGAUGACCUGAUAAGGAAGAAGAAACUAUGUAGUAGAGACAUUUUGAAGUCUUUUAUACGGGAAUCCACAUACCGUAGAGAUCCUUGGGUACUUCACGAGCGCUUGGCUGCAAAACAUGGCAUCUCAAGUGAUCCACCUGAGGAGCUAAAAGACAAAGUUUCUGUCCUUGAUGGAGUGAUCAUCGAUAAAAAGAGGAAAACUGCUGGGGAAGGAGAAGAGUCAGGGAAGUGUAAAAAGAAAAAAGUGGAAGAUGGAGCUGAAGUGAAAGAUUUAGCAAUUGACAGUAAAUCAGAAGAUAAGCAAGUUGAGCUGAUCAAAUAUCCGAUUGAGGAUCUUUUAGUCCUACCAGCUGCGGAUGAUCCAGUCUUUACUGAACGGCCUUUACCUUCAAGGGAAUUUAAUGUUCCAAUGGAUUGUGUGGGAGAUCUGUUACUGGUCUGGGACUAUUGCUCUUCUUUUGGCAAGCUGUUGCAUUUGUGGCCAUUUUCUUUAGAAGACUUUGAAAAUGCCAUCUCCAGGAAGGAUAGUAAUAUAAUACUCAUUGUCGAAACACAUUCUGCUUUUCUACGUUUGCUACUUAAAGAAGAUGGAGAUCACUAUUUUGCUGCACAGAAGAGGAAUAGGAAGUCGAAGAUUACAUUGCUCAAUUGGACUGAAUAUCUUUGUGACUUCAUAGAGAGGAUAGGCACUCCUGAUUUAUCAGCCUCGACGUCAACUAUUAAACGAGGACACUAUGGCCUCUUAGACAUUCAAGUGAAACUUGGAAUAUUACGGGAGUUGGUCAAUGAAGCAGUUGAAACACUUAUUUUCAGGAAGAAGAUUGAUGAGUAUGUUGGACAGCGACAGGUGCUUGGAGCCACAUUGAGAGGGGAGGUCCUGGAAGAAGCAAGAAAAAAACGGGAAGAGAAAGAGCGAUCCAAAUCUGAGGAUGUUGCUAAUGGAGUAAGCAAUGGACAUUGCAUGGUUGAUCCGGAGGGUCUGCCUUGCAAACUUGUCUCUGUUAAUAAGCACAGUAGUCAAAACGGAGAGGUGGUAAGAAAACACAAGUCAGAGGUCUCAUCUGAAGAGGACCAUACAUCAGAUAAAAGUGACAACAAUGAUUCUGAGACUGCCUCAAAGAAAUCGGGCAAGGGACAGAACCAGGAUGCGGAAAAUGAAACAGGGACAAGUGAAGAGGCAUCAAAACAGAUGAAGGAUGAACGGAGAUUACCAACAGAGAAGAGGAGCAAAGAUCAAAGGAAGGAACAGUUAAAUCGAGAGAUGGAAAAACGGGUGAUACGAACUGAAUCCUUGGGUAAAGACAGAUACUAUAACAGAUACUGGUGGUUCCAGCGUGAUGGAAGGAUAUUCAUUGAGAAUUCUGACUCCAAAGAGUGGGGAUUUUAUAGUAGCAUAGAAGAGCUUAGUGCAUUAAUGGGUUCUCUGAACCAAAAAGGUGAGAGAGAAAGGGCCCUUCACAAGGAGCUGGAGAAGUUCUACGGCAGAAUUUGUGCGGAACUGCAAAAGAGAUCAAAGGAUUUGGAUAACAAAGUUGCAGUGGACGAGGCAGUGGUGAGGAGAUCUACGCGUGUACGGGCCAUACCAAGGGAAAAUCCUGCAAACUCCUACAUGAGGUAUGUUAAUAAGUGGAAGGAAGAUUAA